AUGGGAAGUUGUUUGUCGGUCUCCAUGCCAUGUGAUCAAGUUGUGAAUCAAGUCUCUCAAUGUUUAUCGGUCAAUGGAAGUUACAUCUUCAACCUUUCAGAGAAUCUAGCAGCUCUGCAUAAAGAGAUGGAAGUGCUCAAAGCAAAGCGAGAUGAUGUGCAAGCAAGGGUAAGCAGAGAAGAGUUCACAGGACGUCGUCAAAUGCUUGCUCAAGUCCAGGUAUGGCUAAAAAACGUCCUCGACAUUGAGAAUCAAUUUAAUGAUCUACUUAGUAGUAGCACCGUUGAACUCCAAAGGUUGUGUUGUUGUGGAUUAUGCUCCAAGAAUUUGAAAACGAGCUACCGUUAUGGCAAAAGAGUAAUCUGGAUGUUAAAAGGGGUUAAGAGCACCACUUCUAAAGGAGAAUUUGAUGUGGUGACUGAGCAAGUUCAUGUAACUGAGGUUGAAGAAAUACCUAUCCAACCCACAAUUGUUGGCCAUGAAACAUUGCUUGAAACGGUGUGGAACCGUCUCAUGGAAGAUGGAGUUGGGGUUAUGGGUUUGUAUGGUAUGGGUGGAGUUGGCAAAACCACUCUUCUUGCCCAGAUCAACAAUAAGUUUACUAAAGCAAGAGGCAGCUUUGAUGUUGUGAUAUGGGUUGUGGUGUCUAAGAGUUUAGACAUCCUUAAGAUUCAAGAAGAUAUAGCAAAAAAACUAGGGCUUUGGAGUGAGGAGUGGGACCAAAACAAUGAGUAUCGUAGAGCCAUUGGCAUACACAAUGUUCUCAAGAGACUGAAGUUUGUGUUGUUCUUGGAUGAUAUAUGGGCCAAAUGUUCACUACUCGCUCGAGAGAUGUCUGUGGACGCAUGGAGGUUGAUGAACUGA